CUAAGCGUACCAUCAGAUGUAGUCAUGUCAUUGCUUCGUGCAGAAAUAACCAAGUUAGGACAAAAUAUCUGUUAGGACACUGUCCACCCUAUCUAUAUCUACAUCGUAUUAAUACGUCACGAGCCUGAUUCGUGAUCUAAGUGCAAUAAACUGCAACAGUAUCCUGUUGCGUUCCAUCGCUGCAACAUCGCGCUGAAACCAAAACAACCAAUUGUUUAUAGUUUUAAUGUGGAUAUUUAGUUCGUGGAAGAAGGCGGCAUCGUAUAGCCGGCUAUUUUGGUUCGGCCUUGGAUCUUGCGCUUCAACAUGAGUGAUAAUAAAGGUGUGCGGCGAGUGAAUGAAGAUCUAGCUCGUGAAAGGGCAAAUUGCAGUUUUGAUGUGCGAGAGAUCACAUUUUUGCUAGAUGGAGGAGAGAAUAAUACGAUUACGAGGAAAAAAAUUGAGGACUUCACUCUUACUGAUGAGCUCCUAUCGGACAAGGUUCCUGACGAAUGCUUGUCUCCAAAAGAAAAAUACGAGAAUGCGGUCAGAAAGUCAUGUCUGUUUGGCAAACUGGUAAAGGAUAAGCUCCUAGAAUUCGGUGGACUGGAAACAUUUGGCCCAAACUCGUUUGUUUUACGUCGCAUAGCGGAUGCGUUCUUCAAGGAAAUAUCGCCUUUAUUACUACACUUGGGCAUGUUCGUGCCCACCAUCCUGGGACAAUGUACUGCUGAGCAGCAAUCAGAGUGGCUACCGCGAGCUCUGAGCAUGCAAGUCAUUGGCACAUAUGCGCAGACAGAGCUAGGUCACGGCACGUUUAUUCGAGGUCUGGAGACGACGGCGACCUAUGACCCUGAGACCGAAGAGUUUGUGUUGCACAGCCCCACGCUCUCUUCCUUCAAAUGGUGGGCCGGAGGACUGGGAAAAACAGUCAACCAUUGUAUAGUCGUGGCCCAGUUAUACACAAAAGGCCAAUGCCAUGGUACCCACCCUUUCAUAGUGCAGAUACGAGAUUUAGAGACCCACCAGCCUCUACCUGGCAUAAAAGUUGGGGAGAUCGGUCCCAAACUCGGUUUCAAUACCGCUGAUAACGGAUUCCUUGGUUUUGACAAAUAUAGGAUACCAAGAAUGAAUAUGAUGAUGAAAAAUGCACAAAUAUUGAAGGAUGGUACAUACGUGAAGCUCGAUAGACAUGGGAAAAUGACGUACGGCACCAUGGUCUUCAUCAGAGUAAUGGUGGUGAAUGAAGUGGCGUUCAACCUCGCAAAGGCAGCCACCAUUGCCGUGAGGUAUUCUGCUGUGCGGCGACAGUCUGAGAAAAAACCUGGUGAGCCAGAACCCCAAAUCCUGGACUAUGUAACGCAGCAACACAAGCUGUUCAUAUGCAUAGCGACUGCGCAUGCGCUACAACUGACCAGCGAUUGGCUAUGGCGGACAUUCAGCGGUGUCGUGACUGACAUAAAACAUGGCAAGACUGACAGCUUGCCUGAGUUCCAUGCCCUAUCAAGUUGUCUGAAGGCAAUCAGCACGUCGGACGCGGCGUUGUUGAUCGAGCAGUGUCGGCACUCGUGCGGCGGGCACGGGUACAUGAUGUCCUCCAACCUGCCCCUCAUCUACUCUUUCGUCACGGCCACCAGGACUUACGAGGGAGACUAUACCGUAUUGUUACUGCAGACUGCGAGGUUUUUAAUAAAAGCCUGGGAGCAAGCGGAGGCCGGCAAGCCGCUGACUCCUACUGUCUCAUAUUUGACAAAAUAUUUCAAAGAUGGUAGAGUACCUUGGGACAGCACUUCAGAAGGAAUUGUUAAUGCUGCGUACGGAGUCGCUGCCGGGAAGAUAUCAGCUUGCGUUAAAAGCAUAAGGAAUCGAGUGAAAACUGGCCUGAGCUAUGAAGAUGCCUGGGAUUUAACUACGGUACAACUUGUCGCUGCGGCCGAGGCUCACUGCCGAGCUGUGAUCUGCGACGUGUACCGAAGCGAGGCGGUGAGGCUGACGGAGCUGUCCAGCCCUAACGUCAGGGCGGUGAUGCGGCAGCUGACCACCUUGUAUUUACACUACUGGGCCCUCGAGAGGAUCGGGGAUUUGUUAAGGUACUCGGCUGUAUCUGAAGAAGACGUCGUCGCUCUGCAGCAGAAGUAUGAGGAGCUGUUGGCCCUGAUCAGGCCGGAUGCUGUUGGACUUGUCGACGCAUUCGACAUCCGCGACGAGAUCCUGAACUCGACCCUCGGCGCGUACGACGGUCGCGUGUACGAGCGUCUGAUGGAGGAGGCAUUGAAGAGUCCUCUCAACGCGGAACCCGUCAACCGCAGCUUCCACAUGUACCUUAAGCCGCUGAUGCAAGGGAAACUGUGAUAUUCUGACAUAUGUUAAUAAGUUAUUUUGUUACGUAUUUAAAUAAAUGGCUUGGAGGUGGCUUGCA